AUGUGGGAUAGGGGGGUGUUGGGGGUGGAGGAAUAUGAUUGGGGGUGGGGGUGUGUGGGGUGGGGGUGUGGUGUUGGGGUGAUGGUUUGUGAUGUAGUUUUUGGGAGUGGUUGUGAGGGGGGGGUUUGUGUGUGUGGUUUGGGGUGUGGUGUUGGGUGUGUUGUGGGGGGGUGGGGUAGGGGGUGGGGGGGGAUUGUAGUUGUGGGUUUGGUGGUGUGGUUUGGGGGGGUGGGGGGGUGGGGGGUGGGGUGUGGUGGGGGUGUUGUUGUGUGGGGUUGUGGGGUGUGGGGGUGGUUUGUGGGGGGGGGGCGGGUGGGUUGUGUGGGGUGGGGGUGGGUGGGGGUGGGGGGGGGGGGUGGUUGGGGGUGGGGGGGGGGUGGGGGGGUGGGGGUGUGGGGGGGUGGGGGGGGGGGUGGUGGGGGGGUGGGGGUGGUGGGGGGGGGUUGUGUGGGGGGUUGGGUGGGGGGUGGGGGUUGGGGGGGGGGGGGGGGGGUGGUGGGUUGGGGGGGGGGGGGGGGGGGUGGGGGUUUGGGGUGUGUGGGUGGUUUUGGUGUUGGUGUUGGUGUUGGGGGGUGGUUUUUGUUUGAUGGGGUGGGUGGUUGGUGGGUUUGGGUAGGGGUGGGGGGUGGUGGGGUUGUUGUGAGUUUUAAAGUUGAGGGAGGUUAUGAGUGGAGUUGUAAUUAA